AACCGGAACAAACAAAAGCAGCAGAGGUGCAGAAGGAGCUGAGCGUAUGUUUUUGUUGUUUUUAAGUAACAAACGCACACACGCAAUCCAGCGUUUGUGUGUCAGUUAAAUAACAUCCUUUAUUUCACCGACUUUUGCACAUUCGCACCGCAGCUGGUAGAGAAAAAUGUAGCCGAAGAUGUUAGCACAACAUUAGCAAAACAUCAGCUUUUUUAUGUGUAUGUUUUACCCAUUUUGCAUUUUGCAUUUUUUAUCGAGCAGAACUGUACGGGUCUAUUUUUGUGUGUGAAUUUUUAAAAAAUCUUUUUCAUUUUUUUUUUUUAGCUGUAACGAUGGGCUCCUUUUUUGCCAUGUCAAGCCGGUGGAGGAGUGGCAGCAGCGGGGCGGCCGCGCUGCUGUAUCCGCUGCUCGGUGUGUGUCUCUGGGCAGCGGUGGUCGGAUACAAGCCGGUGAUUAUUGUGCACGGUUUGUUCGACAGCUCAGGGGAUUUUAAAAACUUACUGCGGUUUAUUAAUGAGUCUCAUCCUGGCACAAAUGUGAGCGUCAUCGACUUGUUUGACAGAAGUGCCAGCCUGCAGCCCAUGUGGAAGCAAGUGGAGGGAUUCAAGGCAGCUAUUUACCCUAUAAUGCAAAAUUCAGCAGAGGGAGUCCACUUUAUCUGCUACUCUCAAGGAGGGCUGGUUUGCAGAGGAAUCCUCUCCACUCUCCCUGAUCACAAAGUCCACUCCUUCAUCUCUCUGUCCUCGCCGCAGGCCGGGCAAUAUGGAGACACAGACUACCUACGGUACCUCUUCCCCCAGUUUGUCAAGUCCAACCUCUACCACGUCUGCUAUACCUCAAUAGGUCAGCGGAUAUCCAUCUGCAACUACUGGAACGAUCCUCACCACAGAGACAUCUAUGUCAACAGCAGUGAUUAUUUAGCUCUGCUCAACGGUGAGAGGCCCGAUCAAAAUUCAACAGAGUGGAAGAGAAACUUCCUCAAGAUCGAUAAGUUGGUGUUGGUUGGAGGACCAGACGACGGAGUCAUCACUCCCUGGCAGUCGAGUCAGUUUGGAUUUUAUGACGACAACGAGACUGUUGUUGAGAUGCAGCAACAACAGUUGUACUUGAGCGAUGUUUUCGGCCUGAAGACGCUGGCGGCUCGCGGUGACCUGGUCCUCUGCUCUGUUCCUGGUGUGGAACACGUCUUCUGGCACUCGAACCAGACUGUGUUCCACACGUGUAUGGAGAAGUGGCUGGUGUACAGAUGUUUCUCAAAGAAGAGGGAAAACAAAGGAAAUAUCUAGUGAGAAGUCAACAAGUGUUUCACACACCAGAUGUCAAAAAGGGAAAUGCUAAAGAGGGGAUAAAUUGACCUAUUUGUAGUCAUUAGAUUUAAAGUAUUGUUUUAAUUUGUAUGUAUAUGUUUGUUUAAAUGAAUUGGCCCACAGUGACUGGAUACUUCAUGGAUUUUAAGGGAUGUCCUCUCAGUUCAGUCUUCUUGCAGACAUUAAAUGUGGACAUGAAUACUUUUUUAGAACUUGGAAAAGAAAUGAAUAUUUUGACAUGGUCCCACAGUUUUUACAGUAUUUGGUCUGCAAAUGAAAUGGUGUCAAAUCCUCAAUAAAAGUAUUUUGAACAUC